AUGCUGUCCCUAAAGCUGAGGGCCAUCCUUUUCCCAUUCCAGAUGGAGCCGCGGCGCGAGGAGCUGCUGCAUGAGCUCGGGGAGAUGUGGGACGAGAUCGGGGAGGCGGAGGAGGACCGGAGAGGGAUGCUGCACGCGCUGGAGGAGGACUGCCUCAACGUGUACAGGACCAAGGUCGAGCAGGUGCGGCAGCACAGGGCGCAGCUCAAGAGGGAGAUCGCCGACUCGGUCGCCGAGGUCGCCGCCAUCUGCGCCACCAUCGGCGAGCCGCCAGCCACCGUGCAGACCGCCUGCUCCUCGCUGCAGGGCACAGGGAGCCUGAAGGAGGAGCUGGGCUCGAUCGCGCCGGAGCUGGCGGAGAUGAGGAAGAGGAGGGAGGAGAGGAGGCGGCAGUUCUUGGACGUGACGGAUCGGUUAAACAGGAUACGACAGGAGAUAAACCCAAGCGAUCAUCAACCUCGCGUCGUCGUCGAUAACUCCGACCUGACGCUGACGAAGCUGGAAGAGCUCAGAGCGUACCUGCAGCAUCUGCACCUGGAGAAGGAAAAUCGCACCAAGAAGGUGGCAGAGCUCAUGAGUUUCUUGCAUUCAUCGUCCUUAGUUCUCGGCAUGGAUCUCAGAGAGAUCAGCAGUCUCCAUGGCGACGAACAAGCAGGCGACAUCAGUGACGGUGCAAUUGCGAGGCUGGUUUCCGAGAUUGACAGGCUGAGGGAGAUCAAACGUGACCGAAUGCAGAAGCUGCAAGACCUCGUGGCCAGCAUGCUGGAGCUGUGGAACCUGAUGGACACGCCGUCGGAGGAGCAGAGGAGGUUCCAGAGCGUGGCCUGCAACAUCGCCGCGUCCGAGGACGAGAUCACGGAGCCGAACGCCCUCUCCAUGGACUUCAUACGCAAUGUGGAGGCAGAGGUGGUUAGGCUCGAGAACCUCAAGGAGUGCAGGAUGAAAGACCUCGUCGUCAAGAAGUACGAGGAGCUGAAGGAGAUUCGUCGGCGCGCACGUUUACCGGAGGAGGAGGACAGCGACGCGAUGCUGAUGUUCGACGCCAUUGACAGCGAUGCUGAACGGUCUCUGAUCCUGGAGCAGCUGGAAGUGCAGAUCGCGGAGGCCAAGGACUUGGAGUUCAGCAGGAAGGACGUUCUUGAGAGGAUGGAGAAAUGGCAGGCGGCGUUGGAGGAGGAGUCCUGGCUCGAGGAGUACAGCAGAAACGAGAACAGAUACAAUGUGGGCAAAGGGACACAUCUCGUGCUGAAGCGCGCCGAGAAAGCGCGCGCCUUGGUCAGCAAAAUGCCGGCAAUGGCGGAAGCUCUGACCGCGAAGGUUGUUGCCUGGGAGAAGGAGAGAGGCGCUAAGUUUGAGUACGAUGGUGACGGGCUGUUGGACAUGCUGGAGGAGUACAGCAACACGAGGAAGGAGAAGGAGCAAGAGAGGAAGAGGCAGAGGGAUCAAAGGAGGUUGCAGGGCGCGGCGGAGCGGGACGCGUCGCCGGUGGCCAGGCCGCCGCCGAAGAACAUCAAGAACGUGACGAGGACGCUGUCCAUGGGGGGCGGCGGCGUCAGCGGCAGGAAGGCGUCGGCGUCGUCGAGGCCGGGCACGCCGAGCUUCCUCAAGUCGCCCAUGUCCGCGCGCCGGAGCGGGAGCGACGAGGGGCAGAUAUUGUCGGACUCCUUCGAGUGA